AUGGACAAAGAAGAGGGGGCACUUGAGAAAACUCCGGCGAAGGCCUUAAGACACCCACCAAGGCCGAAAAAGCGCGGGGCAUUCAACAUUGUUCGUGCCGCACUUUUUAUGGCACGUAAAAACAAACCAAGCUCUGAUAUCAUUAACUCCAACGGUAAAGGCCUUUGGAGCUAUUUUGUAAAAAGUAUGCGUCCUUUGUAUCAGCAUAAUCUUGAUGGUCAUUUAAAAUUACCAUUAUCUCUUCGUCAUGCUCCAAUGAAUAAUGUUGACAUUCCUCCACCUCCACUGCCGGAGAAUUAUCAUGAUGUUCUUUUACCGCCACCUUCUCCGGCUUCUUCUACAGGAGGAAUGAGUAGGUAUGCAUCGGCAGAGGAUUUAAAGGAGUUUGAAGAAAGUGAUGAGGUUGAAGAUGGAGUGGAUGAAGAGGUCAAUCAGAUCGAUUUGAAAGCCGAGGAGUUUAUUGCGAGCUUUUAUAAGCAAAUGAGGGUGGAGAAGAUGGAAGAGAUGGGUGGCCGGAAUUAUGUUUGA